GGAUGACACGUAUUCUCCUAUAAUCUAGACCGUUCAUCAAUAUCGAGCGGUCCUCACGAGGUGGUCUAUUAGGUUUUAAUUAGACCAAAUCGGGCCGUUUGAUUAUCAAACAGAACCGAGUCGAGACCUGAUUAUUAAUCCGUUUAAAAAUUCCGCAAUUAAUUUUGUGGUUAAAAAAGGCAAAAACUGAGCCAAAUUUGGAGUCCACCACUUCCACUCUGUCUCAACGCGUAAACCCCUAAGCCCUUUGCUAAAGGUGCAGCAGCAGAAGUUCAGAGAUAAGAGAAGCCGCUCGUCGUUGUUGUCUGUUGGAUAAGUGUGGUUAGGUAAGUUCGUAGAGAAGAGAAGAAGAGAUGGUGAGACUCACUGCUGACUUGAUUUGGAAAAGUCCUCAUUUUUUCAAUGCUAUUAAGGAGCGGGAAUUGGAUCUUCGAGGUAAUAAGAUCCCUGUAAUAGAAAACUUGGGUGCUACUGAGGACCAAUUUGAUACUAUCGAUUUGUCUGACAAUGAGAUUGUGAAGCUGGAAAACAUGCCAUAUCUUACUCGGUUGGGCACUUUGCUCAUCAAUAACAACAGAAUAACUCGUAUCAAUCCCAACAUUGGAGAGUUCUUGCCAAAAUUACACACAUUGGUUCUUACAAACAACAGGCUUGUCAAUUUGGUGGAGAUUGAUCCUCUUGCUUCUCUUCCAAAGCUGCAGUUCCUCAGUCUUUUGGAUAAUAAUAUCACAAAAAAACCAAACUAUAGACUGUACGUGAUUCACAAAUUGAAAUCACUUCGUGUUCUUGACUUCAAGAAAGUGAAAAGCAAGGAGAGAGUGGAAGCAGGAAAUUUGUUUGCGUCCAAAGAAGUUGAAGAGGAGACUAAAAAGGAAUCUGCAAAGACAUUCACACCAGGUGAGGUUCCAAAUGUUAUAGAUGUUGCAGAGGAGCAGCAGAAUCCGAAGGUGGUUGCGCCUACACCUGAGCAAAUUAUAGCUAUAAAGGCUGCUAUUGUGAAUUCCCAAACUCUUGAAGAGGUUGCCAGACUUGAAAAGGCAUUGAGUUCAGGUCAGGUUCCUACAGAUCUGAAGAUUUUGGAUAAUGAUACUGGGUCCAAACUUGCCAAAGAAAAGGAUGACAAAAUGGCCAUUGAUAGUUACAAUGAGACUGAUGCUGAACCAGGGAGUCUAGAGGAGCAGAAGGAUGAAGAACCUGCACCUAUGGAACAGGAAUAGAGAGGGUAUUUUCUAAAUGCAGCCCACAGGAUAUUUUCCCCGUUGGCAUUUCUUGAUGGAGUUGUGGAUUAAUUUAAGAUUUUGCAUCUUUCUUACUAGGGAUCUUCUGCCGUGCAACUUUCCUUGAUCUUCUCUCUUUUUUUCUUCCUUUCUCGGUUGGCUUUCUGUUGCAGAUGUACCAUGUUUACCCGACCUUGUGGGAUGUAGACAGGUUAAUCUUGUCUUUUCGUACUUCAGGACACUGUCAAUUCUCCUUAGCCGUUUGGGAAUGAAUUUACUAAUAGAUUAACCCUGCA